CGACGCAUGAUCACACGAGCAGGCGAUGCCAAGCACCGACUAAUAUUGCCUCGUUCCUGCCUUCUGACAAUCAACGCAAUGGGCCAUGGACAAUGACAAGGCCCGCUACGACGAGCAGUCGGGCGACAAGGAGGUCGUUGUCGUGGGGUGGAACGAAGAUGAUCCGGAGAACCCGUUCAACUGGCCCCGCGGCCGCAAGUAUACCAACGUCCUCAUCCCGAUCUACAUCUGCCUGCUCACAGCGGCCAACUCGACUAGCACGGGCAUCAUGGGCUUCUGGGGGCCGGAGAGGUUCAACACAACCCGCCUCGGCUUCCAGUUCAGUGUGACGAGCUACCUCAUCGCCUUCUCCUUCGCGAGCCUAGUCACAGCGCCGCUGAGCGAGCUAUUCGGCCGCAAGCGAAUUUACCAGGUCGCGACGGCCAUCUCCGCUGUCCUCUUUAUCCCACAAGCACUAACGACCAACCUCGCCCUCCUGCUCUCGAUGCGGGCGCUGCAGGGCAUCGCGGCGAGCGCGGGGAACGCACUCAUCGGUGGAUCCAUCGCCGACCUCUUCAACGCCCGCGAACGCUCUCUCAGCAUGAACCUCUUCGUGCUCGCCAACCUCGUGGGGCAGGGCAUCGCCGGCGUCACCCUUGGAUGGGUUGGGAUGUACGCCGGCAUCGCAUGGUGCUACUGGGUGCAGGCAAUCGCGCUGUUCGCCGGUGCGGCCGCCUGCUUCGUGUUGAGCGAGACGCGUGCGGACGUCCUUCUCGCGCGCCGCGCCGCGAAGCUCACACGCGAGACGGGCGUCCUCCACGUCCCGCCCAACGUCAGCCACGAGAGCCUCUUUCACAAAAUCAAAGUGUCAUGCAUCCGGCCCAUCCAGUUCAUGUUCACCGAACCCAUCGUCACGGCCAUCUGCCUGUGGAUCGGCUUCAACUGGUCGUGCAUCUACCUCGGGAUGAGCAGCACGCUCCUCGUCUUCGGGCAGUACGGCUGGUCGCCCGGUUGGCUGGGCACGAUAAACCUCACGACGAUCCUCGGCGGCCUCCUGGGCUUCAUAAGCAGCUACCACCAAGAGCGGCUGUACGCGCGCGCAUGCGCGCGCUCGCCCACAGGCCAAGCCCGCCCCGAAGCGCGCCUGUACUGGGCGAUGGGCGGCGCCCUCCUCUUCCCGGCGAGCAUGUACGCGUUCGCAUGGACGGGCGUGCCGGCCAUCCCGUGGCCCGUCCCCGCGCUCUUCCUGACGCUUGCGUUCGCAGCCAUCUCGGCGAUGUAUGCCGGCGUGUACAACUACCUCGCGGACGCGUACGAGACGUUCUCGGCCAGCGCGCAGGCGGCGCACGGGUACUCGCGCAGCAUGUUCGCUGCAUGCUUCCCCCUCCUCACGCACGCGAUGUACCAUAACCUCGGGUACCCGCUCGCGUCGACGCUCGUCGCGUCCAUCGCCCUUGUGCUGGGCAUAGCGCCGAUCUUGAUAUAUGUGUACGGCCCGCGGCUGCGCGCCGCGAGCAAGGUCACGAGCGCGCUGACGCACGGCGCGUUCUGAGUACGCAUGGAAGUCGGAGUAUGCAUUGAAUAGAUAUACUGCGUCCGAGAUCGGAGACCCAGUUGCAUCCGUAUCAUGUGGGGCGGAACUGGCUUCGGGACAUCGUCGCGUCCGCCUUGUUCGGGUCGCAUAUGCCCUCCAACAGCGAGCAUGUGCUCUUGCGAACACCGAUCUCGAGAUGUCGUCCAC